AGCAGUUUUUGGUGCUUCUAUAAGCAGCUAAACUGAGUGGGAAGUUGCAAAACUAUUAAUUUAACUAAAGUAGAUAUUAAAAGCCAGUUAUGCAAGUUUUAUGUAGAUAUAUAUGGAAGUCUUACAGCCAGUAGACUGUACAGGGUACACUAGUGUUAAUUAACCCAGUUAAUUAGAUUGUUAGAAAACACCUUAAUUUCCAUCAUGUGUCCCCAUCUCCUUUCUCAAGUGUACAGACAAGCAUAUAGAAAAAAAAUUUUAAAAAAAGAAGCUAGGGUAGCUCAGUUGGAAGGAAAAAUGAGAGGUAUGACUGAUUCUGUCCUUAUGCAAAUUCUGUCCAGUAUAUUCUGUCAUGUAAUAAAAUUUCUCUGUUAGGCCUUACUUCUUUUUCCUGUCUAGAUACUAAAAUAUAGUAUAUCCUCUUGUAAAAUGCAAUUAAUGAGUAGUAGAUAGACUGAUGUUCUUCCUUAGCAGCCCCAUGUGGAACUGAAUGCUUUGUAUUGACUUCUGGUGGUUUUUUACAAGUGUUGUGCUAAAAAAUGUUAAAGGAAACUAAAAAGUUUAUUGGUAAAUCCCUUCAGCCAGCACGACCUGUGCAUUAUCUGUCUUCUAAACAAGAAUCAGCCAUUGUGUUAAACUUCCAGACUAAAUUACCUGGCAACACUGAAGUAUGUUUGCAGAGUAAAGUUGACUGGUUAUCUGAAAUGACUGAAGUGAAGAUUUUAACUCAAACUAUGAUGCCCUGUCAACCAAACCAGCAUGAAUCAGAAGCAAAAAAAGGAAGGAUCAAAUACAGCAGGGAUUUCCUUCUGAAACUUUCAAGUGUUUCUCUCUCUCAGAAGAAGCCAGAGUUUCUUCCUGAUCAUCCUAUUGUACUUGAAAAGCCAGAAAAGGGCAGGCCUUUUAUUGACAUGUGCAAGAAGUGACAAGUUGUUUGGAAAAUGAGAAAUCCAUCAAUGAAGGAGCUACAUGUGAUGUAGAUCUUUAAGAUUUUUGAAGAUACUUGGGUGGCUGCAGAUGAAAGUAGAACCCAAUGAAAUUUAUGGAAAAGCCUAUUUCUUCCUGUAAUUGCCUGACUGCGUUAAAAGCCAAACCUUUAAUUUGUAAAGCCUGAGAUGGUAAUAACAAUUAUAGUGAAAAUAAAAAAUUCUGCAUUUUGCUGUGGCAGGA